AUGGCAGAACUGAUAAAGAAUCCAAGAUGCAUGAAGAUUCUUCAAGAGGAGCUCAUAAGAGAAAUCGGCCGAGAUCGCGCGGUAAAAGAAUCAGAUCUCCCUAAGCUAACAUACCUUCAAGCAUGUCUCAAAGAAAUUCUAAGAUUACACCCAGCGGGUCCACUUAUUCUUCCUCAUCGAGCGGCCGAGUCAUGCAUAGUAAUGGACUACACCUUUCCAAAGGACUCUCAGGUUCUGUUAAAUUUCUGGGCUAUCGGACGAAACCCGAGUUACUGGGAAGAUCCAUUGGAGUUCAAACCAGAGAGAUUUCUCAACUCGAGUAUAGACUUCAAAGGGAAUGACUUUGAGUACUUUCCCUUUGGUUCAGGAAGGAGAUUCUGCCCUGGAAUGCCCAUGGUUGCCAAGCAGAUUCCCUUGAUGGUUGCUUCUUUUAUCCAUUCCUUUGAUUGGUCUCUUCCACAAGGAAUCAGUCCCAACGACAUUGAUAUGACUGAGAAAUACGGUAUUGCUAUGGGGAUGAAACAACCUUUGCUUGUCGUUCCGAAAGCUGAGCAUCUUAAAUGA